GGUGUUUCUAACGCUAUGUCUCUUAGUACUGAUUUACCUUUGAGAGAUUUCGACGGAGAGUCUGAUGAUACCGAUUCAGAGACUGAAUUACUCAUACGCCAUCAUCAUAGUGGCAGUGGUGGUGGGGCUGAUGGCCAUCACCUAACAAACACACAUCAACAACAACAACGUUCUCGUCAUGGCAGCUAUAGCUACUCAACACAACACAAUAACACUCAUCAAGCACCAAGUUUUCUCAGUCAACUAUUCGGUGUUGUCGGCGGCACAACAAAAUACUCGUCGUCGUCGUUGUUAACGCUUCAAUCGCAACAAAAUUUAAAAACGAAACAAACACCACCACCACUUUUACGUAGUGCUACCGCCUCCUCGUUAGCGCGUGACGGUCAGGUACGUUUUAGAAAUGAACGUAGUCGUGAGCGUUUUGCCACACAACAAACUGCAACGGGUACCACAGCGUCCAACAUUACGGCCUCGCAAACUACUCUAAAUAAUGCGGCUCAAGCCGCCAAAUUCGGUCGUUCAACCUCAAAAUCCUACAAUCUAAAUUCCUCAAACGAUAACCCAGCUAAUACGGGAGUUGGUACAAACGCGGCCUCGGGUUCAUUUCAUUACAGUGACUCGCUACAAAUGUCUAAUAUGGAUAAUACACAACCAAAUAUAACCACAACUACCUCCCCGAAUGGGGUAAUGCAGACGGUCGUAGAUCCUGAGAACGGUUCGACGACGGUCUUCUAUCAGAAAAAUCGCCGGAAAAGUAAAAAACGUUCCUUCGGCAAUAUGUGUAAAAUGUGUUUUUGUGGUUGCUGGCGAAAAUGGUUUUCAGCCCGUGAACUACGCGCUCGCACCGUUCACCUGGGACGUGCCACAAACGAAAAAUUCCCACCGAACGAGAUACGCAAUCAAAAGUACAAUUUCAUAACGUUCCUGCCUUUGGUACUCUUCGAACAGUUUAGAUUCUUUUUGAAUUUAUAUUUUCUAUUGAUGGCUCUGUCACAGUUUAUACCCGACAUACGUAUCGGCUACCCCUACACCUAUUGGGGUCCGCUGGGCUUUGUCCUAACAGUCACAAUAUGUCGUGAGGCCAUCGAUGAUUAUCGUCGUCAUCAAAGGGAUCGUGAGGUGAAUUCACAAAAAUACAAACGUCUGAUUGUGUCCGAGUCGAGAGGUUAUGAAAUGGUGCCCUCUUCCAAAAUCAAAGUGGGUGAUAUUAUAAUAGUGGAGAAGAAUGAGAGAGUGCCGGCCGAUUUGGUUUUAAUAAGAACCAGUGAUAAGAGUGGUUCAGUGUUUGUGCGUACCGAUCAAUUGGAUGGUGAAACUGAUUGGAAAUUGCGUUUAGCUGUACCCUCUACCCAAAAAUUGAACAAAGAUUCCGAUUUAUUUAACAUAGAUGCCAGUGUUUACAUAGAAAAGCCUCAAAAUGAUAUACACUCUUUCAUAGGCACUUUUUCCAUGACCGAUGGCAGCGAGGAGACUGGUUUAAAUGUGGAGAAUACUUUGUGGGCCAAUACAGUAGUGGCUGCUGGUACUGCCACUGGUGUUGUCAUCUACACUGGCUGUGAAACACGCAGUGUUAUGAAUAAUUCCCAGCCUAGAUCCAAAGUGGGUCUUUUGGAUAUGGAAAUUAAUGGUUUAACUAAAGUUCUAUUCUGUGCUGUGUUGGGUUUAUCUUUGGUGAUGAUGAUGCUAAAGGGUUUCAGUGGCCCCUGGUAUCGUUAUAUGUUCCGUUUUGUCUUGUUGUUUUCUUAUAUUAUACCCAUCAGUUUAAGAGUAAAUUUGGAUAUGGGUAAGGCAUUUUAUUCCUGGCAAAUGCAAAAUGAUCCUGAGAUACAGGGAACUGUGGUGCGCUCCACCACCAUACCAGAGGAAUUGGGCAGAAUAUCUUAUGUUUUAACAGAUAAAACUGGAACUCUAACGCAAAAUGAAAUGGUAUUCAAAAAGGUUCAUCUGGGUAUAGUGUCCCAUGACAAUGAUACCUUUCACCAUGUGGCGGAAAUUAUAAGCUCUUUAGCGCCCACUAUAUUAAGAAAAGCCAAUGCCACAGAUACCACUUCGAAAACCAGUCUUUAUAACAAUCGCAUGCGUAGGCCGGAGGGUUGGCGUGAGUGGGAGGCUGUAAAGGCUCUAGCCUUAUGUCACAAUGUCACUCCCGUCACCGAUGAAGAUGACAAUCGUUCGGUAUCGACCUCCUCAACUUUCACCUCUUCGGCUGGUGGCUCGAAUUCACCCACAAAAUCUGUGAUAAAUAUGGAUGUGGCCUCUGCAAGUGAACAUCAAUACCAGGCCUCUUCACCCGAUGAAAUAGCUUUGGUCAAGUGGACGGAACAAGUGGGUUUGACUCUAAUAGCGCGUGACAUUAGCUCCAUGACUUUGCAGCUGAAGGCUCAUCAAAACGAUGAUAAUUUGCUGCACUUUCAAAUUCUCAAACUGUUCCCCUUCACCAGUGAAAGCAAACGUAUGGGCAUUAUUGUCAAGGAUUCUCAGACAGGAGAAAUUGUUUUCUAUCUAAAGGGUGCCGAUGUGGUAAUGACGACUAUAGUGCAAUAUAAUGAUUGGUUGACAGAGGAAUCGGGCAAUAUGGCGCGCGAGGGUUUAAGAACUUUGGUGGUGGCCAAAAAAGUUUUGACAGAAGAGCAAUAUAAUGAUUUUGAAACCAGAUACUCAGCGGCCAAUGCUUCACACUCGGAUAGGCCAGCUAAAGUAGCCGCCGCCAUAGAGUCGUUGGAAAGGGAAAUGGAAUUGUUGUGUUUAACAGGCGUUGAAGAUCGUUUACAAGAAGGCGUCAGACCCACGCUCGAACUACUACGCAAUGCUGGUGUCCGCGUUUGGAUGUUAACCGGUGAUAAAUUGGAGACCGCUUGCUGUAUUGCCAAAUCUUCCCAGCUGAUUGGCCGUAAUCAGGGCCUACACGUUCUCAGACCAGUUAAAACCCGCACUGAUGCACAUUUGGAACUAAAUCAAUUCCGGCGCAAACAAGGACAUGCCUUAGUCAUUUCCGGCGAAUCUUUGGAAGUGUGUCUACAAUAUUAUCGCAUCGAGUUCUUAGAACUGGCCACCGCUUGUCCGGCCGUGGUAUGCUGUCGUUGCAGUCCCACCCAGAAGGCACUGGUGGUGCAACUCAUACAGAAACACACGGGCAAGCGUACAUGCGCCAUCGGUGAUGGUGGCAAUGAUGUCAGUAUGAUCCAGCAGGCCGAUGCCGGUGUGGGCAUAGAGGGUCGUGAGGGCCGGCAGGCCUCGUUGGCCGGUGAUUUCAGCAUACCGCAAUUCUCACACAUUGCCAAAUUGUUGCUGGUACAUGGUCGUCGCUCAUACAAACGUUCGGCCGCCCUCUCACAAUUUGUUAUACAUCGUGGUCUGAUUAUUACCACUUUGCAGGCGGUAUUCUCGGCUGUUUUCUAUUUAAGUUCGGUGGCUUUAUAUCAAGGCUUCCUUAUGGUUGGCUACUCAACGCUCUACACCAUGUUUCCGGUAUUCUCAUUGGUUUUGGAUCAAGAUAUUGACUCGUCAACGGCUGUUACGUAUCCCGAAUUGUAUAAGGAUUUGUCGAAAGGUCGCAGUUUAUCCUAUAAAACUUUCUUUAUAUGGGUGUUAAUCAGUAUCUAUCAGGGUGGGGUGAUAAUGUAUGGAGCUUUAAUAUUAUUUGAGGAUGAGUUUAUACAUAUAGUGGCGAUCAGUUUUACGGCGUUAAUUAUGACCGAAUUGAUAAUGGUGGCAUUGACAGUGAGAACAUGGCACAGACUAAUGGUGCUAGCCGAAUUAUUCAGUUUAGCUUUAUAUCUCAUUUCUUUAUUCGUUUUACAUGAGUAUUUUGAUUGGGAAUUUAUUUCAUCCACUGAUUUCCUGGGCAAAGUUUCCCUUAUUACCCUGGUAUCCUGUUUCCCCUUGUACAUUAUUAAAUUUUUACGCAAAAAAUGUUCGCCGCCUUCGUAUUUGAAACUUUCAUAAAUAAAUUUGUUUUGUAUUAAGUUCUCCCUUUUAAUUUGUAUUUAAUGAAAGUUUCUUUUUCUUUUUUUGAUAAUAAUAUACUAUAAUUUUUUAUAAGUACCAUAAUUUUAAUUAAUUUUAGGCAUAUAAAUACGAUGAAUACAUAAUUUUUUGUUUCGUUUUAUGGUUUUUAUUUAAAGAAAAAUUUUGUUAAUGUUUUUUUUAUAUAACUAUUAUUUAAUAUUUAAGUUAAUGAAACAUUUACACACAAGGAUAAUUAAUUGUUUUUUUCUUUUUCAUACUAAAAUUAAUUAAUUAUUAAAGAGUGAUUUCGAAUUGCUAUAAAAAGGAAAGCAAAGAGAUUAAAUUUUCAAGUUGUAAAAUUAAGAGGAAAAUAUUGAAAGUAUUAUAUAGAGAUUUAAACAAAGUUCUAAAUGAUUUUAAUAAAAAAAAAGUUUCUUCAAAUUGUCGAGAAUUUAAAACCUUUAAUCUUUUUGCUUUAAUUUGUAUGGCAAGGACAAAAUCUCUUUAUUACCUAUAAUUUAAAUAUAUAAUCUCAUUUAUUAUAUAUUUUAAGUUUAAAACGUUAUGUGUUAAAUCAAAUUUAACACAUAAACAAAAUUUUGAUUUAAUUUUAUUAAAAAAAACAAAAAAAAAACUAAAUAAAAACUCCUAAAAACACAACAAAGUGAUAAACAAACAAACAUACAAAAUUAACUAUAAUUUCUCUCAUGUUGCUAAAAACUCAAAUAAAUUGGUAAAUAAAAAAGAAAUUUAAUUAAUACUUCCUGGGUUUAAAAUUGAAUUAACUAUGUACUACUGUUCACCAAACAAAAAUUUUCAAGCUAAACCUUUAAAUUAAUAUAUUUUUAUUUAAUUUAUUUACAUUACACACCUUGCAUUUUGCUCUUUUAACAUUCAUUUUACUUCUUUAACUUCGAUGUUUAUACAUGUUUUUAAUACUUGUUUAAUUUUGUGUUGUUUUAUUCUUUUUAUUUACCUUAUAAAUAAACCAAAUAUUUAAUAUGUUUAUAUUUAAUUAACUAAAAAUGUUUUUCAACAUUAUUAUAUUAAAUUAUUAAACUAAAUAAAUACAAUUAAACAUUUAUAAAUUUCUUUAUAAAACAAAAAAAUAAUUAAACAGUAAAUAAAACUAAAAACUCUAGUUAUUCUAAAAAUACAGAAUUUUUAACUAUUAAAAGUUCUAUAUUAUUAUAGUCUUUAUGAAAUGAGAAUGACAAAAAAAAAACAAUUAAAAAAACUAUUUUUAAAAAUAAAAUUUAAAAUACUAAACAAAAAACAACAGAUUUUAAUGUAAAAAAUAAACAAUUAAAUAAAAAUAACAUAAAAUUUCAAAAAAAUUAACAUAAAA